UUACUCAUAGGGGCUUUGCAUUUUCGUUUAUCACAGUCCAAUCAGCAGACAAUGAGUUCAAUCGCAUCUACGAUGACCCCAGCGACGCGGCCCAGGAUUCCCAUGGAGAGGUUGAAGACUGGAGGAGGAUAGUCGACUGGAAAACAAUGCUUGUGGUGUGGGCCAAUGUGGCAGGCGACUUUUUCUGGCCGGCACAGAUCAUCGAUCCCUUUGAAUCACCCGAGUCGCGUGCGCUGUGUCUGAAAGCGAAUGCAGCCGUAGGAUGUAUUAUGGUUCGAUUUUUCGGAACACACAAGAUGACCUGGGUGCCGGAAAGCGGAUUAAGGCCUUUGAAUGAGGGGUGGGAAGUGCAGAGCCAGCGGUCGCGUGAUCCUCUAUUCAUCUCUGCCGUGAGCGAUGCCAAAGCAGUCCAUGACAAAAUGUCUUACCAAGGCCAGGCGCAGGUUUAACUUGUCGUUUGUGGGACGGUGGAUAUUGUCAUAUACCAUUAACCGCCUUUACAAUCAGUCAAUCAAGCUCUCCUUGAUAGCUUAAUACAAUAUAUAGAAAUAUCUUACCGUCAAAUAAAUGCACCAUUUAUAAUUAUUUGCCUUAUGUAAGUAUGUUUGUGUUUGUCAACUCAUAC